AAUGUGCAAAGUGAUGGAUUGUGAGGGGGCACUCCCUCUUCCAUGUUAUGAUUUUUGAUAUUUAAUUCUGAGAAUAAUCACACUUUUGUUACCAAUCUAACUUUUGUAACGUUUUUAUAAACAUGUCCACUUUAUAUACAUUUUUUUGUUGAUAAAUACAUUUUAGUAAUCAUGUCUGCCAAAGGCGUAAUUUCACGGGAACUUCAUGAAAGCAUUCGUCACAUUUUAGGCAGAAAUGUAAAAAUAUCAUUAAAAUGUGCCGUGCGUAUGGAAACUAAGCCGGAAAAAACAGAGAAUCGAGUUCUGGCAUUUUCAGCUUGUAGAUUAUUUAUUCUUACUGCCAAAGUUCCAACAAAAAUUGAACAUACAUUCCAUUAUCUUGAUAUUCAAGCAAUAGAAAGCAAAAAGAAUCAUCAGCUAUGCUUAACAGUUGAAAGCAAAACUUUUACCUUUUAUUCCUUUGACCCUGAGUCUGAAGAUGUUAAUCAUAUGAUUAGUCAGUUGGGAACUGCUGUGAAAAGCAUUUUUCCUCAAGUGCCUUUAGAGCAUGUAAUCAGGAGGCUGGAGGUUACUCCACCAACACGAUUGCAGGCUAUGUUGGAGUACAAUCAUGCCCUUGAGACCAAAGACACAGGACCCUGUGGAGGCUAUUCUACUCAGUACGCUUGUAUGUGUGAUUAUCAUGGUUUACCAUAUAGAGAAGAAGUUGCAUGGGAUGUUGAUACCAUAUAUCUCUCUCAUGACAGCAAAGAGCUCUCCCUUCUAGAUUUUGAUCAUCUAGAUGGCAGGGAUUUGAUGCCAAUAAUAUCUGCUUUGACAUUUAAUACAUGGUUCACUAAAUUCCGAGCCACGGGUGUAAAAUUGGUUUCUGAGGCUUUAGAUGUGGUCUUGCUUGUGUUACGAAAAUCUGUUGCCCUUGAAGAAUUGUAUCUGGAUAACACAGGGUUAAAAUGGGAAUUUGCUUGUAAAUUAUCGCUAGCUUUAAUGGCCAACCCCCAUACACCUCUCCAUACUUUAGAUUUGUCUAACAAUCUCAUUGAAGAUAAAGGCAUCAAUAGUCUAUGUGGAAUUAUUGCCAAAAUUACCCAAGGUGCUGGUCAACUUGGUAGUUCAGUAGGUCGACUCCAAAAAGGACUUAUUCAUUUAAAUUUAAGUAGAACAGGAUUGACUGCUAAAGGCAUAAACACUUUAGCCCAUGCCCUUUCAUUAAAUCGUGCUAUGCCAUCUACUCUUACAUUCCUCAAUAUUAGUGAUAAUGUCUUCAAAGAAGAUGUAAAUAAUUUAUAUAAUUUUCUGGCUCAACCUAAUGCUUUGACACAUCUAGAUUUAUCUGGUACCGAAUGUGCUUUGGAUACAGUAUUUGGUGCUUUACUUCGGGGUUGUACACAAAAAUUAGCUGUUUUAAAUUUGUCCAGAAAUCAGUUCUCUGCCAAGAAGUCGAAGGAAGUCAAUGUUCCACCUUCAUUUAAAGCAUUUUUCUCCAGUACAGUUGCUUUGAAACAAUUACACAUGUCGGGAAAUAAACUUCCUGUUGAAGCAUUAAAGGCAAUGCUUUUAGGCCUUGCUUGUAAUGAAAUAGCGACUGACAUUGCUCUGGACCUUAGCAAUAAUGAACUAAAAUCUCAUGGCGCUCUUGUUCUUGAGUCAUGUUUACCAGGCAUAAGAUGUCUUUGUAGUCUUGACAUCAGUGAUAAUGGUUUUGAUGUGGAUUUAGCAAAUAUAGUUACAUCUGUAGCAAAAAAUAAGUCAAUAAAGCACUUAUCACUUGGCAGAAAUUUUGUGAACAUUAAGCCAAAGUACAUGACUAGAGUUAUAGAUUCUAUUGUUCAACUUGUUCAGGAUGAGGAGACUGUGUUAGAAUCUCUCUCUCUUGCUGAUUCCAAACUUCGAGGAGAUACUUGUGUUAUAAUCAAUGCUCUAGGUAGCAAUCAAAGUCUUACUGCUAUUGAUAUAACGGGUAAUUAUAUGGGCGGAGCUGGAGCCAAAACCCUUGCUAAAGCCCUUCAAAUAAAUUCCAAGCUAAGAUCCAUAUUGUGGGACAGAAAUGCUACACCACCGCAAGGUUUUCACGAUGUAGCUUAUGCUCUGGAAAAGAAUUUUACUUUGAGAUAUAUGCCCUGUCCUAUUUUCGAUGCUACUGCUGCCAUGAAAGUUGCUCCUGAAAAAACUGAAGUUUCAUUAAAAAGGAUAGAAGAAUGCUUACAUCGAAAUGUUUCUCCCAAAAAAUACACCAAUGGACGUGCUUUCCGAUUACAACAAGGUUUUCUCCUUAGCUCUGCUCAACAGACUGUAGAUCGAUUGAUGGUUCACCUUCAAGAUGCUGUAAAUAAUCUUAAAAAGAUUGAAGUUGAUGGUGUUACUGUAAGUGAAGAAGUAGAAAAAGCAGAAGGAUUCCUUAGUGAUGCUAAUAAUGCUAAGCAGCUUUUGACAAGAUUGCAUGAAGUAGUACUGCAACAAGAAGAGUCUGGUAAUCCAGUAGAAACUAGACUUCAAGAUUUUGUUCAAGAACUGUGGGAUACUGUUGAAAGUCAUUUAAUAAGUACUGCAUCUUGCAUGCUGAAAUGUGUUGAGGAUCAGUGUCCAAACAUUGUUGGAGAGGAUAUUCGACGUGAUUUGGAAAAACUUUGUCAGGAAAGGGGUGUCAUCCCUAUUGAUUUUGUUCGUCAUUCUUUGCUAGAGCAAGCUGGUACUAGCAUAAUGAAUAAAGUUAGUGAAGUUAAUUUAUCUGUAGCAGCACAUGUAUCAGAUAGAAUAUUUGAUGAAAUUAUUGAAUCAUUAUCUCGCAUUCAUCGAGAAUUGCAUGAACAAGUGAAUCAACAACGUUGUACUACUCCUGAUGUCUUGAGAGGAGGAAUUUGUGUUGAAAGUGGACUUAGAAUAAGUCAUAGUGGGGAUUCUCAACUGGAUCGUGAUAGUUAUAGUGAGAAUUCAGAUUCACCUUUGGCUACUCCCAAGCUGACUAAUAAAAGAAAAAGUGUACACGUAAGGAAAUUGAGGCCUCAGUCUGUAGUAGAUAGUGUUGAAGGAAUAGCUGCUGAUGACAUUCCAGAUCUUUUACCCAAAGAUGAAGAGAGCUUACCUAGUCUUUCACCAAUGUCAGAAAAGUUAGAACACCUUGGAAAAGCUCGUCCAAAGAGGCCAAAAACGAGGGCUCCUACGAGACCUGCAAUUCAAGGCAAAGAGCCCCGAGAAGAACCGCAAGACAUUGGUGAAGGAUUAGACAAUUUUUUCCGUCAGCAGAGAAAUUCUCUGUCUACGCCAACUCUCUCUCCUGACUCUGAGGAAGUUAGAGACAGAGCAAACAGCAGUAGUACAUCAGCAAGUAUACUUAGCGGAGAUUUGGCUUCUUCUGAGUGUGCUGUCAAAGCAGAUCGUUCUCCAGAAAAUGAAAAGAAAGAAAGAGGCUUCAUGAGGGGCAUCAGUAAUCUCUUCAGUCGUAUAUCUCCUGAUGUCAGUCACAUACAUAAGUCUCGGUCAUACGAUUUGACUGAUAAAGUGGUGACAAGUGACCCAUCUCCUACACAUAGUUCAGGAAAGGAAACGACGAAAAGCACAAUUGGAAUAAGUGAUAUUAGUUUGCAUUCCUCUUCACCACAACUUGGUAUCAAAAAUAAACGGGAAAAAGGGAAAGAAGAUAGCAACGCAGCCCCUGAUUCAUCUCUAAAGGCAAAAGGAAGCGAUAAGUUUGGGCCGAAUUCCCUUCAUUGCUCAAAUCCAUUUCUUUUAGCAGAAAUGAAAUCGCGUCAAGAGAAAAGAGUUCCUAUGCAUCACAUUCAACAGGCUGCUGAAGAGAAACAGCAAGCUGAAGUAUCCUCACCUCUACAGAAUGUAAGGCUGAAAUCCACAGGUCUUUCUCAAAUUUUGAAAUCACCGGACAAUGUACAUGCAAGUACCACAGAUGAUUCUGGAAGCAUUCCAUCAAAUUCUUCUACUGUUACCUCUUCUCCUGGAUCACCACAGUUGGAUCCUGGUGGAAGGCUAACCCCUAGCUUGAAAAUAAAACCACCUCCUAUAGCUCCUAAGCCACGUCCCAAGUCGGUUGGAGGUCCAACUGAUGUGAGAUUAUCUGGUGAAUUUUCUCACACAGUUGAUGAAGAAUCAUCAAGAACUAUUAGCCCAGUUGAUGAGUCAGUCACACAAAGCAACUCUGAAACAGCAGCUAAUAAAGAUUCAUUUCAAGAAAUUUCUAUGUUUCCUGUGGCAGAUGAGUUUGAUUUAGAACUUUCUGAUACACACUUAAAUGGAAAUCAAGAUCAAUUAAGCUCUGAAUAUGGAGCAGAGACUAAUAAUUCAAAUCAGUUAUUAUAUUCAAGUGCCAAUACUUCCAUGCAUUCUUCAACUGAUGUUCAAAUGCUGCAAAAAACAGUUCUGGACUCUAUUGAAGAUGUCAUUCACGUUUGAAACCUGUGGUGAUUCGCUAAAAUGUCUGCUAAUCACAGUGUAAUUUAUGUAAAGUACAAUGUAGUUUAUCUUAGAAUUUGUAAAUAAUUUUUGAGCGAUCGAAUAAGAAAAAUCAAACUGUUUUUACCAUGUUAAUUCACUAGCAAAUGUCUUUCAACUGUUUUAUAGGAAUAGAAAAUUGAAUUUUUGACAUUAAUGAUUUUUGUGUUUGUUCUGAACUUGGCUGUAUUAAUAAAUUAUAUUAGUGCUCUUAGAUUUUGUUUAAAAAAAAAUAAAUAUUAUAUUAUACAGUAAACUCCUGAUUCUUUGCAGAAUAGGGUAAUACAGUAACCACAGAUAAGCACAAACCAUGGAUAAUCUGAAUAAUAGUUAAAACAGGAUAUUACUGUAUACAAUGGCUAAAAGAUAUGAAUAACACUCAUUCAUACAUUUAAACUAUAGCUGAAAGCAUUACUGCAUUGCAUCUGCUAGCAUUGAAUGUAAAAAAUAUAUGUAAAAGGUACAAACAAACAAUAACACAAUCGUAAGUUUAAAAAACAUUUAAUGACAAUUUUUAAAAAAAAAGUGAAAAGACCCGCAGUUAAUCAGGAGUUUACUGUAAUGUAAAUUUUCAGCCAAUUAUUCCUACAAAGUAAAACAUUUUAAGUUUUAUAUAUCUCCUUGGUUUUGUGCAAUAUAAUUUACAAGUUGAAAUUUAUGUUUCCCUGUUGAGUCACUGAUUGUAUUGCUGCAUUGAUUUAUUUGUUUUCUAAUUUGGUAAGUAUGCUUCUUUGAUGAUUGGGGG